UGGAUAGAGAGUCCUGUAGAAAUGAAAGAUUGCAGACUGAGAUCACUAGUGAAACAGGGGUUUGUUUGUUUGUGGCUUCGCACAGUUGUGUUUUGAAUGAUGCGGUCCGCGAUGAAACACGCUUUUUCGUGUCCCUCUUUAAAAGGGCAUCAAUUCUCGUUGCAUAGAAGAUGAAAGGGUAGUUUCAUUACUCUUUAUUGCGUUCAAUAGUCGCGUCCACUCAUUUAUCCACAAUGAUUUUACCCUUUGCUGCCCUCACUGUUCUUGCAUCAGUUGUCAGUGCUAUCCCUUUCAAGAGAUACGACAACGAGACGAUCAGCGCCACAACUGCUUUUUCUUUGCCAGAUACUACAAUCACUGUCGACAAGUAUAUCACGACCACCUUGUCUGGAUCUUCAGUGAGUGCACGGUCUCUGUCUGACCUUGCAGCUAACACGCAGAACAUUAUUUCGGUUGUUACUGAGUAUGUGACGAUUUCAACUAAAGGCUCUGCAGUCGUGACGCCAGUGACAACAUUCACUACCACGAUGCCUGAGUCUACCACUACAUCAACUUUAACAAGUUAUGUGACUAUUACCGAAAGUGAUGGGACUGUCUCGACUGAGGCCAUAGAAUCAGGGCUAAUUGAGACGGCCGAGGCAUGUGUUUGUGUUCCUUCGACCGUGACCGUGACUGCCACAAACUCGGUAAAUGAUGUUGAAGACCAGUACUCUGCGAUUACCCUGAUUUCUGUGACAGCUAUUCCAGUUUAUGCGGACUUUACAUUCAGUGGCUUGACUACAACAAUCACCUCGUAUGUAGAGGUAACGCUCACUGAGACAACAUAUUCUCCGAUUGUGUUUUAUUCGACAACCACGGGAACUUCUUCAACUCCUGACAUAUCCUCUUCAAUGCCAACAGUGACUUCAUCGUCAGCAGUAACACUGUCUUUGACGUAUUCGUCUCCUUCAAUGGCUCCUGUUUAUUCUAGCUUCAACAACCAGACAGUUGUAUCGUCAGGGAAGUCGAGAAGGGCAUUCUUGUAUCACGUUUAAUCGCGCUACUUACCACUAUCGCAUGUAUAACAUUGAAUGAUUGUGGUACUAGUAAGAAAGCUUUUAGGGAUACUAUUUAGAAUUUUAUACCUUAACCUUUUUAUUUU